CGAGCAGUAUUUGUUCAAACACACUUGCAUGUUGUUUAAUUACAUCGUUUCCACAAGUGUGUCUCCAUUCGGCCAACAUGCUCCACCCGGACUCGUUCUCGCGGAGGGUCGCUCGGUGGCGCAGACUCGUGGCUCACUUCACGUCCAAAUGCGGAAACGUGUUUGAAGAAACGCAUCGUUUCAGCGUGCGACGCGUCUUCGGGUCGCCGUGCGCGUGACACGCCACCCGUGUGGAGGAAUGGACGGAGGAGACCGGGCGGUCCGCAGCGGGACGGGGCCGGCACACGCCGAGGACGCUCUGCGGGCGCGCCGACGGACCCAGAACCUGGCGGAGAGGCCCAUCUCCGGCCCGCAGGCUCACGGGACCGCACGCGCCGCACCCAGAGGCCUCACGCAGCGGGAGAUGUGCACUUCAAAGGCUGCAGCAGGGAAGCUCUCAGUGGACGGCUUGCUGCACAGUUCCAGCUGUGAGUUGCAGGACGACAUGAGACGCCUGGGCUCCAACUCAGAGGACCGCCCUCGCCUCACUGCCGCCCUCUCCUGUCUGAAGAGUGCCAAUGACGCAGCUGAUUCGAGGCCUGACUCGUACAGCUCUGAGCCGCGACAGGACAGGGACGUCUUCUCUCCCAUCAGCCUCCCCUCCAGCUCCGCCCCCCUGCAGCCCACCAGCACCCACGGCCGCUCCAUCUCCAUAUCAGUGGUACCUUGUUCGGGUGCCCAGAGAGCUUGCGUAGUAUCUGAGGACGCCUUCACCCUGGAGCCGAGCCACCCCGGAGCCACUCCAGCCUCAAAGACGCACAGCAGCAAGCCCUCCCACAUACCACCACCACCUUCACGCAAGCUGCUGCAGCUCCUCCCCAACAUUACAAUGACCAGAAGCAAGAGUCACGAGUCCCAGCUGGCCAACCGCAUCGAGGACCUGGCGCCACACAGAGCCAGGAAGAAGAACAAAGUGUUGGGUGCUCUUCAGAUCAACGGCUGUGGUAACAGUCCUGAGGACGCAGCGCUGCGGUCACCGCUGCGGUCACCGCUGCCGUCUGCCCGAACACCCGGCCCCGUCCCGGCCUCAGCCCCGUACACGAUGCCGGCCACCCCCACCCUGCUGGACAAUGUGACCAUGCAUAGGAGUUCCCCUCAGACCAUGAGGAGAGACAUUGGCCUGGCUGUAACACACAGGUUUUCCACCAAGUCCUGGCUCUCCCAGACGUGCCAAGUGUGUCGCAGGAGCAUGAUGUUUGGUGUCAAGUGCAAACACUGCAAGUUAAAGUGCCACAACAAAUGUACCAAAGAUGCUCCCUCAUGUCGGAUAUCCUUUCUCACAUUGCCGAGGAUGCGGAGGGCCGAAUCAGUGCCAUCAGAUAUCAAUAAUCGGAUUGAUCACACAGCAGAGAUCCCACUGCAAUUUGGCACUUUACCAAAAGCUAUUACCAAAAGGGAGCCUACCCCCAGUUUGAACCAGCUGGACUCCAGUAGUAACCCGUCAUCAGCCACCUCCUCCACACCUUCGUCCCCAGCACAUUUACAGCAGCAUAACCCCACCAGUGUCAGCGCCACCCCCCCAACCAACCCGUCACCAGAGGGCUCCCGGGACAGCCGCUUCCACUUCCCAGAUGUUCCUGCUUCCACAUCUGCUGCUGCUCAACAUUGUGGCAGCAACAAUGAGUCGGGAGUGUCACAGCUGGGCGUCACUGAAAUUCAGCCAAUGGCAGCGAAGCAAGGAGGGGAGGACUACCCAGCAGAGAACGAGGAAGCAGCUGACCAGAGCGCCAGAGAACACGGCCUUUCCACUGAUGCGGGUGAUGAGGACGGCUUGGAGGACCUGCCUGCUUCCAUCUGCCGCCGUGGGGCUGUCGGCCGCUGGAGGGGCCCCAUCUGUCGUAAGGCCAGCCAGACCAGCGUCUACCUGCAGGAGUGGGACAUCCCAUAUGAGCAGCUGCAGCUAGGAGAGCUGAUUGGCAAGGGGCACUGGGGCAAGGUGCACAGGGGUCGCUGGCACGGGGAGGUGGCCAUUCGCCUCCUGGAGAUCGACGGCAACAACCAGGAGCACCUGAAGCUCUUCAAGAAGGAGGUGAUGAACUACAGGCAGACCAGGCACGAGAACGUUAUUCUGUUCAUGGGCGCCUGCAUGGCCCCGCCGCACCUCGCCAUCAUCACCAGUUUCUGUCAAGGAGUGACUCUGUACUCUGUUGUAAGAGAAAGAGGUCACAUGCUGGACAUCAAUACAAUCAGACAGAUUGCACAGGACAUUGUAAAGGGAAUGGGGUAUCUGCAUGCCAAAAACAUAAUUCACAAGGAUCUGAAGUCUAAGAACGUGUUCUACGACACAAACAGGGUGGUCAUCACAGACUUUGGCCUGUUUGGGAUGGCUGGAGUGGUACAGGAAGGCAGAAGGAAGAACGUGUUGAGGAUACCCCGGGGCUGGAUCGACUACCUGGCUCCAGAGAUUGUUCGGGAAAUGAGUCCAGAGGUGGACGAGGACCAGCUGCCAUUCUCCAACGCUGCUGACGUUUAUGCAUUUGGCACAAUCUGGUAUGAGCUGCAGGUCGGAGACUGGCCAAUGACCAACCUGCCCGCGGAGACUAAAAUCUGGCUAGUGGGCAGCAAUGUGGGCGUGAAGAAGGUGCUGGCAGACGCCAACCUGGGCAAGGAGGUGACGGAGAUCCUGUCUGCCUGCUGGUCCUCUGAAGCCGAGAACAGGCCCACCUUCACUCCGCUGGCCGGCAUGCUGGAGAGGCUGCCUAAACUUAACCGCAGGCUGUCUCACCCUGGACACUUCUGGAAGACACCUGAGUAGGUAUCAUAGCAACAGAAGGCAUUGCCAGGAUGCACGGUGGACCAGCCUACAACACCAUUUACACCAGCAUUCAAGAAAGGUCUUCACCAUUUUGUUUAGUGGAUGGAUGUCUACGUUUUAAUGUCAUGGAAGCAGAAAUGAGAUGCAAUGCUCCAUCAAUCAAAUGGAACAUGUUGUAAAUACGAUUUUGUGAAGAAGUGUGAACAUUUUGAAGCUGUCCUGCUGAGUAUCAACUAAUACAAACCACCUUUUCUACCGUGA